GAAGACGGACCGCUGACCGGUCCUCACAUUUCUUUGCACUUUGUUAUUUAAUGAAAUGUACUUUUGUUAUUAAUGUAAGCGUGUUUUUCGAGCAAGCGGCCUGAAGGAGGAGUGCUUCGGCGAAACCGUUGGGCGCGUCAGUGUGCUCGUUUCAACCGGCUCUCUACAGUUGGCUAAGCUAACGGCUAAAGCCAACGGUUGCAGAUCUGAAUGGAUCCGAGGGUUGCGUGGAUUCAGCCGGAACAGAAGGGACCUGCCAACGCGCUGUGGAUGCAUGUGUGGGAAACGGCUCAGGGAAUCCGGACCAACCCGGGACACCACCAUCACCACCACCAUGCCAACAGCAGUAGUGUCAGAAACCUGUCUGCAUUCGCUACGUUAUCCAUCAAUAAUAAUAACGUUUUGAAGGAAUCCAGCGGGUCCGGCGAGGUCGAUCCCACCGGGAAAAGCGAGCCCUCUUCGGCGGAAUCAGGGACCGACAGCUCGGACAGUUCAGGCUCGGAUUCCCCUCCCACAUCUUCCUCCAUAAGGACUAACGACGCGAACAAAAAUGCUUGUUUGUGCUUUAAAUUCACUGACAGCUCUUUAAAUAACGCGAAUCAAACGCACCACCACCAUCAGCACAAUCAACGCUAUUCAAAUCACGAUCAGCAAACGAGCUGCAUAAAACGAAACCCUUUUAUUUAUAACAUGCAUAUUAAUAAUCACUACCAUCACCCCGGCCGCAGGAAAAACGACAAUAAAGCGAGCACAUAUGGAAUAAAUUAUCUGCUUUCGAACUGGACUAAUGGGAAUCAUGUCAGUCCUGUUACACCUUGGAAGACCAGGACAUAUAGUCCAGGAGUUAUUGGGUUGCACCAGGAAAUUAUAGACUUUUAUAAUUUUAUGUCUCCUCAACCUGAAGAGGCCACCAUGAGGCAAGAAGUGGUCCGGCGAAUCGAGUCUGUCAUCAAGGAGCUGUGGCCAAGUGCUGAUGUUCAGAUAUUCGGCAGCUUUAGCACUGGACUCUACCUCCCAACAAGUGACAUUGACUUGGUGGUGUUUGGAAAAUGGGACAGACCCCCACUGCAGCAGUUGGAGCAGGCCCUCCGGAAAAACAACGUCGCUGAGCCAUAUUCUAUCAAAGUGCUUGACAAAGCUACGGUACCAAUUAUUAAACUGACUGACCAGGAAACGGACGUGAAAGUGGACAUCAGUUUUAACGUGGAGACUGGAGUCAAAGCUGCCCAGUUCAUCAAGGACUAUAUAAAGAAGUAUACCGUGCUGCCUUACUUGAUCUUCGUGCUGAAGCAGUUUCUCCUGCAGAGGGAUCUGAAUGAGGUUUUCACCGGAGGCAUCAGCUCUUACAGUCUCAUCCUGAUGGUCAUCAGCUUCUUACAGCUACACCCUCGAAUUGACGCCAGGUCUCCCAACGCAAAUCUGGGUGUGCUGCUAAUAGAGUUCUUCGAGCUGUACGGCCGACAUUUUAACUACCUGAAAACGGGUAUUAGGAUAAAGAACGGCGGUGCCUAUAUGGCCAAGGAGGACAUCAUGAAAGCCAUGAGUAACGGUUACCGGCCGUCCAUGCUCUGCAUUGAGGAUCCUCUUCUUCCAGGUAAUGACGUUGGACGGAGCUCGUAUGGAGCCAUGCAGGUGAAACAGGUGUUUGAUUACGCCUACAUUGUUCUGGGUCAUGCGGUGUCGCCUCUCGCAAACUCUUACCCCAACAAAGAUACUGAUAGCACAUUGGGACGCAUCAUUAAAGUCACCCGGGAAGUGAUUGCCUACAGGGAGUGGAUCGUCCAGAAGUGGGGCAGCACGCACACGGAGAGGAACAGCGCUCACAAAGACUCAGUGAAUCAGACGGACUCCAGCGCCGGUGUGGAGGAACAGCAGCAACUUCAGAGAGAUUCGUCGUCUCCCAACAGUGCAGAUUCUCCCAUGUCCGUGUCCAGCCCUCAGCAGCACUCGUCUGCCUCCUCUCCGUCGGGCAGCGAUAUUGACUCGGACUGCACGCCCUGCACAGCUCCAGUAGUGCCCUCCCACCCUUUGCAGUCGCUGGCACUAGGCACACGGCCUGCCGAGCUGCAGAUGGGCAUGGGCAUGGGCAAGGCCAAUCUUUCAAUGCCACUCACGAUGCCCGUUGCCAACCAGGUGAGACUAUCCAUGCCUGGAAAUCUUCCUCUUCACGUUUUACAUGGCAGACAGACCGGUCCCAAGUUCCCAGUGAAGGGCUUUCACAACCCAGUUAUCCAGCACGGUCACGUCCAGUACAAUCGCAACACGUGGCGGCGCAGGAAGAGGGACAGUCUACCGGCCAGCGUCAGCAGAUGAACGCCGACCUCCCGCCUGCCUCCUCCGUACCUCCUCCAUACUCCUCACGUCCCCCCCUCGUUCCUUCAGCUCCAGUCGUAUAACGAUGAGGACUCGAUCGGGCCUCCUGCUGGUGGGCCGCGAGCCAAAAGACCAGCAGUUCCUGCCACAGCUCCUGGCACAGUAGCUGUGCUAACGGUGGUGCUAGCUUUGUUCUCCCACUACACUUCUGCAUGUGUGUGUGUGUGUGUGUGUGUGUGUUAGAACCUGAACCAUGUAACUUUGUAAACACAGACUGUUCAUGAGGAAAACCUUUUUGUUUUUGUUUACCGUCUGACGUUUUUCACUUGUUUUGAUAUAUUUUUGUCUUAAGGGGACGUCCACUGAGGUGGAACAGUAGUGGGUGAUUGUUAUCAGGGGUGAGGAUUUUGUUCAGGUGUGUGAGCAAGCACAAGCGUUGGAGCAGGUGAUUCUGGGUGGGUUUUUUGUGCAAUAACUUCUUAAUUUCUGUUUUCCUCCACGUUGGAUGAGUAUUAUAUAUUUAGUAUUAUUAUAUUUAUGUUUUUUUAAUCGGUUUUAUUUUUCUAUGUUUUAUUUUCUACAGACGUGCCCCCAUUUCCCCGUUUACAAUCUGUAUGUAUAGAUUUAUCCGAGUAAUUUAGGACAGGAUGAAUCUGUCCACCUUCCCCCCGAUCGCACCGAGUGGGGUGCUUAAACGCCUAAGUAUUAGUGGGUGCGUGGGUGGUCUGCAGGAGGUGGCACUACUUCCCUGUUUGUCUCCAGCCUGUUUAUCAAAAGUGUUGGACUUGAGUAGACACACAAAGCAUUAAAGGAGUACUCCAGCAUUUUUAAUCUGUAUCAUGUGUACAAACACCACCAUCGUUCGUCUGACGUGUUUCCCCGUAUGGUGGGAAACGUAUAAACGAUAUAGAAUUACUGUCACUGGUAUAAACGUUCGUAUAAUCGAUGUCUGCAUGGAUUUUCUCCUGGUAUUUUACGUUCUUCUUGCCUUCUGUAAACAUUCAGUAGGUGGACUGGCUGCUCAGAUUCCCCUUAGGUGCCCUUGUUGACCUGAGGGAAGGAGGGAGGUCAGCUGGACUUCAUGGUCGUCAUACAAUUGCAUGCUCUUUUGCGCUUGUCGGACUUAGUGAUAGUCUGAGCUCUCCUCUGCCAGCACAGGGUGAUUCAUGUGGCACCCCGAUUAGGAUGCAUUCCCAUCCUUUACCCGAAGCUUUCAGGUCGUACCAGACCUACUGCAAUUCUGGUCAAAGCAAAGCGAAUCAUAAGCAUUUGGUGGGACAGUGUGCGCUAUGGGUGGCACCGUAAUCCAUUCUGAUCAGGAAACGGCACUAAACAGCUUCUGUUCUGUUCAGGAUGACGGUGUUGCACAGCUCCAGGGUUUCAUCAGCGAUUAGAGAGAACACUCUGGUCCUGUGUUGUUUUUUUUUGUCUUGAAGCUGUUUGUGAGGUCCUCUACAGCCCCGAUUAUUCUAAACCUUCAUAUACUGUAAAGCUUUUAUUUCAUAUUAGACUGUUAUCUCUUUAGCAUCUUGGUUUCUGUGUUUGUCCAGUAGGUGAUUGAUUGGGGGUGGUGUGCAACGUUAGUUUUUCUUGUUUGUUUUGUUCCGCAUCAUGGUGCCAUCGUCCAACUAGUAUUUGUAAUGUGGUCAGUCACUUGGUGUUCAGAAAUCACACUGGCAGAGCAGAGAACUCAUAACUCACGGACACAAUAGGAAUCACUCUGCGCAAACCCUGUUUCUCUCCAGUACUCAUCAUACAUCCAUAAACUGGAUGAAUUUGACUUCAAGUUGAUUAAACCUAGUCUUUUACUUUUUCUCAUACAGGUAGUUGAUUGGGUAGUACAUAAUAACACACGUAUAGAUGCACUAGAUAGAAUUUAGAUUUAAAAUGCUGGUGUAUUCCUAUAAGAUGGGUUUCUCUAAGCCAAUAGUGUCCAGCCAAGCUACAGCCAUGCUGCGCGGCAGCCGAAGAAGCCCGUUUUCCAGCAUUCAGACGUCUGUUCGUGUGUGUGUUUCCCUUUUGGAUUGCUCAAAGUGCAACGUUUACGCAAGGCUGACGUCCAAGGACACCUGAAUCAAACAAACAGGACAAGAAAGGGAAUUUACUCUGAUUCCUUUCUGGAAUCUUAAUUUGUAUUUCCAGGUACAUAUUGUAUUGAUUUGUUUGUUGUUUGAUUUCUGUACUGUAUUGUGUAGUUUCUGUCUGUAUAUGGCACACAGAACUGUAUUGCUGUUUCCCUGAGCAUUACAGGCGUACAGAUUAUCGUUACUAUGCAAA